UUAGCCGCGUCUCUCCUGAUGGAAACGGUAUAUGAAGUCAUGGCUGGCUAUAAUGCAACCCUGCCAGCCUAACACCACGGCAUGACUUACCUUGUCAUGUACCGGUGACUGACCACCUUGGUGGAAGAGCAGGAGGUGCGAGGCUAUCGCAUAUAUGUCACCGUGACUUUUUCCAGAUCGAAUCUUUUUCAAUGUUCAAAACAUAACCGUAGUUUGACGCGCGAAACGGAGAACACAGUAGGCUAUAUCACGUACUUUCAGUCGCUCUUGCAUACACAUUUUAUUACACGCGUGUUUGGUUGAUGUCUUGAGGAAAAUUCUGAAAAAGGUUUCUCUGCAUGGAAAUCAAAGUAAUAUACCUGAUGAUGACACCGCAUCUUUCCUAACAGUCAGUCAGUCAAGGGAGUUAUUAUGGAAUUAACUGCAAACGACCGAAGACAUUUGACACAUGUAAGGAAAUGAAAUAAAUAAUUGACCAAAUAUUUGUAAUUCUCCUUUUCACCAAUGCGUGCUCAAUGAAUACGUUUUAAUGCAUCUGAAAACUGGAUCUGAAAACUUUAACAAUCGCUUUCAUGGGCUAGAUGUAGAAUAUAAGGCUAUUUUAUUGUUUGGGUAUAUCGGUUCUCUUUAAUAAUUCCAGUCGACUCCUCUGGCUGUGACAGUCGUGACCAAUGUUGGACCCUCGAGCUCAACGUGCCUCUCGUGACUGACACAUCAGAAGGAAAUCUAUUGGAUUUAUUACAAAACAACCACAUCUAUCUUUACUAAAGGCAGCAAGAAGUUUGGUCAGUUGAGUGGAUUUUGUUUCGUGAAUGACACUUUUUUAUUUUUACGCAUUAUAUUUUUGUGUCUUGGUGACCUGGCUGUCAUUACGCGGUAUUGAUGGACACACACAGGUUGUUGUUGCUGCCGGACCUCGCGCAGUGAUAUUUAGUAGACAUCAUGUUUCUAUGCAACACAAGUGCAAUCAAAGACUGGAGCUAUUUCCUCUCUCAGAUCCUGCCUCUGAUCAACAAGACGUCUGGCUUGGUCAAUCAGGGCAUCAUCGACGAAGCGGAGGUGGCGACCACCACCAUGGUGACUGCUCUAGAGCCGGACCUGAGCGGGAUAAGCGCCAGUCACCCCCCGCUGAACUCUAAUCACACCUCCGGGAUGGAACAUGUCUUUCAGUACUCGGAGAGUGACCUUCUGUAUACGGACAACAGGACACCAGCCCGGGACUCCAUCCCACUGCCCAAGGCCGUGCUCUACCUUGUUUGCGCGGCGCUAGUGGUGGUCGCGGUGGUAUAUGCCAUAGUGGGACACCUGGUCAAGGAUCUGGUUACUGAGUUUGUAGACUGCAGGUUGUUUGGUGGCUGCAGAGUGACCAACAGGAGUAAGAGUGAGAUAAACUGUAUCACCAACAGCGUGAACGAGAUGAGUGAGAUGAGCGAAAGGCCACAGUUGGUAGAGAUGAACUACAUUACUUGUAACCACAGUAACUGCCUGGGGCCGACUGCUCAACCAGAAGAACUCAUAGUGACCAUAGACGAGACGUUACAGCUGCCACGGGAUACACACACUGGGACCUAAAACCUUGGGCACAACAGUCAUCUGAUAUCGGAUAAGAGGGAAAGGAAACAGCCAGUUUGCUUGGGUUUCCUUCAUAAAUGGAGCAACCAUGUCUAUCACAAACCGAUAUCCACUGUCCAUUACAGUACAGCAGUGGCAUCGUCUGAUGUUUGUCAUGAGGUUGUUAAAAUGAGGACAAAAAGUAUUGAAAAGUCUUAAAACAAAGGCGAUGGACAACUUUACAGCACUGGAUGCAAACGUUGAAAUUGAACUGGAGGAAUAACUAACAGUUGGAGUGGACUGAUUCUUUUUCUGAAUUUCACCAUCCUGUCACUCAUCAUUGUGUCUUGUUCUUGGUAAGCCUUUACCUGUACACAUUGCCCUCUCUAAAUGUGAUCCAAGUAUUUGACCGUGACUAAUCUCUCGUUCACACAAACACACACACACACACACACACACACACACACACACACACACACACACACACACACACACACACACACACACACACACACACACACACACACACACACACACACACACACACACACACACACACACACACACACACACACACACACACACAGUCUUAAAUGUACAGUGUAGUGGUUGAAGUGCAGUGAAUAUCAAUUCAAUUGAGCUCCUAUCCUCUUCAUUGUCCAGAUACAUUUCUACGUGCUAUGAGCAAGAUGUGAUCUCAACAAAAUCAUAACGUUCCAAGUACAAUAUGAGGGUGAGACAAUAUUUUUUUCUCUCGACGUUGUAACACGACUGGUGAAACCAAGGUCAUUUCGUUGAAUGGAAACUGCAAUUAUAUUACACAAAAAAAGACAGGAUGAAGAUGUGCAUAUUUCACACAUUUCUAAUUUAUUUUUAUUUCAUGUGUUACAUAUUUCGGAUUAAUAACUUCUAUGGGUACCGUGUCUUUCCAAAUGCUCCCCGUGACUUCAAUCAUCAAUCUCAGCAAGAGCUUACAGUUCUGAUAUAUUUUAUAAUAUUAUGUAUAGCAAUGGGAACGUCCCAAAUGCACCCAAUGAUAUUUGAAGCCUUUCAUUCUGUAUUACCUCACUACUAAGGGCUAAGAGCUGCUGCUGUUGUGUGUGUGUGGUGUGUACCAUGCUGCCAAGGUGACCUCAAAGCUAAGGGGGUUGUCUCUCCUAUUCUACUGCUUUACUGUACGCUCCCUCUAAUGGUUAGAUGCAUUGGGGGAAAUCAUGGUGUACUUAACAGUAACUUCUGCAAUGCACAGUGAUGCUGCAUAAUGUCACAUAUAGAAAUGCCAUGCAUAGAUUACAUUUCAUGAGUAAUAGAGCAUAAUACAGUAGUCCUUUCUAUUCAUUCUAUUUCUACAUGUACCAUUGUUGCAAGAAAAUUCUCUUCACAUCAAGCACAAGGUCUAGUUUCACCAGUCUUUUGAUCAAGUCUUUCCUCACCACUUAGUCCCCUCUCCUUGCAGUCUGUGUUUUCCAGUGUGUCCAAAA